AAACUCAAUCGAUACCCGAGUGACCGAUUAGAAAUCCUCCCGGUGUUUCGCCUGGUUUCUGCCGACAGUCGCCGGUAGUUAAAGCGGGAUGGACACCAACUUGUCGUUCUCCUCUCGUCGGUCCCCCGUGGUGUGUUUACACGGCUGUGUGGCAUCCAGCCAGCCGCUGGCUACCGGUGUAGGACUCGAUGUCUUGAAGCGUGGCGGUAAUGCAGCAGAUGCUGCGGUUGCCAUAGCAGCAGCGCUGGCGGUAACCGAGCCGUGCAGCACCGGUCCUGGUGGAGACGCCUUCUGCUUGUUCUACAACGGAAACACUGGAGAGAUCAGAGGAAUCAACGGCAGCGGUCGUUCGCCCAUCGCUCAGACCCUGGACUUCCUGGAAGGACGUGGUUACACUGCGGAGGCACCUCCCUCACCUGCUGAUGCCUUGAAUGUCACAGUACCUGGGGCCCCUGCAUGUUGGUGCGAUACCGUACAGCUGUUUGGUAGUCACAAGCUGUCCUUGCGGGAGGUUCUGAGUGGGGCAGUGGAGCUUGCAGAGGUGGGAUUUCCUGUUGCAGAGGUAACGGCUCACCACUGGGCAAAAUGGGUGGCUACUCUGAGAGAUGAUGGGAAGGAACUGGGCGGAGACCUGCUGAUCGAUGGUCAUGCCCCCAAAAGUGGACAAGUAUUCAGAAACCCUACCCUGGCCCAGACCCUGAAGGAGCUGGGUGAGCGUGGCAAACCGGCUUUCUACCAGGGCAGAGUGGCCCAAGCGAUCGUCAAUAUCAUCAACCACAAUGGAGGAGUCAUGACCCUGGAUGAUCUCCGUGGCCACGACAGUGAGGUCAUCACCCCCAUCAGCACAGAAUACAAGGGUGUGCGUCUGUGGGAGCCGCCUCCUAACAGUCAGGGGUUGACUGCUCUACUGCUGCUCAACAUCCUGGAGAACUUCCCUCUCAAAGCUACACGCCAUAACAGCUCUGACUACAUCCAUGUACUGGCGGAGGCAGUGCGCUUGGCACUAACAGACGCUCUGCGUUACCUGGGUGACCCAGAUCAUGUGACCAUCCCUCUGAAAACCUUACUGGACAAGAGCUACAGCCACCAGCGAGCGCAGUGCAUCUGCAUGGACAGGGCCAUGGAAGAAGUGGAGCCUGGCCUGACAGCAGGAAGUGACACAGUCUAUUUCUGUGUGAUUGACAGUCAGGGCAACGCCUGUUCAUUUGUCAACAGCAUCUAUAUGGGCUUUGGAAGUGGGCUGGUCCCUAAGGAUUGUGGAUUCUCACUGCAGAAUCGCGGCGCCAACUUUUGUCUGCGUCGUAACCACGUUAACUGUGUUGCUGGGGGGAAGCGUCCAUUUCACACCAUAAUACCUGCACUUCUCACCGACUCUGCAACCGCAUCCCAAAAACCACGACUCCUUGCUGCACUGGGGCUGAUGGGGGCAUUGAUGCAACCACAAGGACACGUCCAGGUGUUGUUGAACAUGUUGGAGUUUGGGAUGAAUCCUCAACAAGCUCUGGACGCACCACGAGUCUAUGUACAGUAUGACCACAAAGCUGCUCAGUGGUCGGUUCAUUUGGAGGAAGGGGUCGGCCAAGAGGUAGCCGAGGAGCUGAGAAGGCGGGGCCACAAAGUCAGCUGGCCAAUCACAGAAACGAGACCGUGGCUGAAACAACUGGUUCUGGGCCACAUGAGGUCUCAGUUUGGGCGGGGACAGAUCAUCACAGUGGGGGAUUGGUGGAACCCAUCUGUCAAUCAAGCUGAUAAUUCAUCCAGGGUGCUGUGGGCGGGAUCAGACCCCAGAGCAGAUGGAUGUGCUCAGGGAUACUAGACAUACGUGACCUCCUCUCUUCUUGCCUGUCGAUUUAUAUUCAAAUAAAUUGAUCACAAACUAAAUUCCUACACAUGAACUGUAGAAAAGAGGUUGUCUUUUUGCUUUUUAAUUAACCAAUUGUAUUACCACAUAAUAACAGUUGUAGCGCGUAACACAUUAGCCCUUUAUAGAGUGUAUUUUUCAUCAUAUGUCUCUCCACAAGAGACUUGAGUUCAAGCCACAUUUAUAAGCUCGUACACUGUUCUGUUUACUCUUAAAUGAAGAACAACCAACCGUAAAAUAAAUCUUUGACAUUACAUAGAAAGAUGCCUUUCCUCAACCCUGUCUUUUGCUUGACAUAAUUAUCUGUUUCAAUGUCAUUACUUAGAUGCUGCUGGUGUAGAAGCAAUAAUUACAUGUAGAACGCUCCCAAAUUCAGUUUAGAUAAUGUAAUUAUGUGAUGUGAAUCAAGUCAAUCAAUGUUUCUCCAUUCAGAUUUGUUUUGCAUCGUUCCUUUUGUUCCUACACCUUAAAGUGAAAUACAUGUAUCUGUAUUUCAAUUGAUCUGUGAAAUAUGAUGGAUCUUUUCAUUGUUGAUCUCCUUACAGCUACCAACUGCACUUGGUACCCAACGUUUACUCAUGUAAAGAUCCGCGUGUUCUUCCACCCGAACACCCUCUGCUUCACAUAAUCUGUCUUAAUUAACUUGAAGCAGCUCGUUAGAGCAGGUGGUUAGUGGCCAGCGACAGCUUUCAGCACACUUUAUCUGGAUGUUUUGCAUUCCAGCUGGUUUAUAAAGUAGCUCACAACAUGGGCCCCUAAAACACUCAAAGUACACAACAUGUUGGGCCUGUGACACACUCCUAGUGCACAUACGCAGUGGCUUUCUGACACAGCGAUAUUAAGAGUCGUGCUGUGCCGUAUCGCCCUACAUAGACCUGCUGAACCGUUUUUUAUCAUUCUUACCUAGAAAAAGGCCGGCUUGCCUCUGGGCAUUAUCAUGAAUAUGGGAACAGUGACACCUAUAAGACAUUUUGGAUUGGACAUGUAAAAGUCAUCUAUAAUUUUGCUGUCAUGGGAAAACCUCAACCUUCCCCCUUUUUAAUGUGUCAUCGUCUAUAGUGCUUUAAAAUAAAUGUAGGGGAUUGAGAACAAAUAUCUUGAAUAUUUUGUCCUAUAUCCUUUUAUCUAUAUUUAAUACAUUUGAAAAUAGGUUGUCAUCAGGGUUUGUCUUUAGCUUUUAGUAACUAAUACUUUUAUGUACAUUGUGCUGCUAAUACUUGCUGUACUCUGUACUUCCAGUAACAAUUUGAAUUCAGGACUUUCAAUUGUAAUAUAAGUAACACAAUAAAGUUUAACAAUCUUUUUUCA